CAUCCUCCUCACCUCCUUUAACACCACAAGCUUUCUUCUCACCGACGUGGCUCCUUCGCCGAUCACUCCCUUUCCUUUAUCCUGUUUCCGAACGCUUCACACCAUUUCUCACCGGCAAACACACUUAUAUCCGAUCAAUGACCACUUCUCAACCGCACGCUCUGCCCUCUGUCUGCUGCUCCCGUUCUAAUUCCCUAUCAAAAUCGCUGAAUCCAUUGGUUUCGUUUAAACAUUCCAGAACCUGCUUUUAUCACAAGAGGGUUUAUUCAAGGAAAAGCUUCUUGAUAAAUCUUUGUUUGUUAAAAAAUGCGACUCCUGGUCCCAAUUCCGCAUCAGUAGAUACUCAAUUAUCUUGUUUGACGUAUUACAAGUCAAGAAGAACAAGACACAUUUUGCCAUUUGCUUCUGCUGAUGACGGUGUAACAGUCAAUGGUAGUUCUCAGAUAAGUACUAGUGGGGAUGUUGAUAAACUGAGGGUCAAGCUCGAUGAGUCUUUGCAAAAUGAAGAAUAUAAUAGUGCGCUUAUACAAUCAUUGCAUGAUGCUGCACGGGUAUAUGAGCUGGCCAUUAAAGAGCAGGUCUCUGCAUCUAAGUUAUCAUGGUUCUCAACUGCCUGGCUUGGUAUAGACCAAACGGCUUGGGUGAAGGCUUUAUCUUAUCAGGCCUCAGUGUAUUCAUUACUAUUAGCAGCAUGUGAGAUAUCAUCUCGUGGAGACAGAAGAGACCGAGACAUCAAUGUUUUUGUGCAAAGGAGUCUGUCACGGCAUUCUGCCCCCUUAGAAAGUGUAAUCCGGGAUGCACUAUUAGACAAGCAGCCAGAACUUUAUGACUGGUUUUGGUCCGAACAAGUGCCAUCUGUGGUGUCCAGUUUUGUCAAUUAUUUUGAGAAAGAUCAACGAUUUGCUGCUGCUACUGGAGUGCUCAGAAAAGGCACAUCCUUGAGUUCAGGGGAUGCAAGUGAUAGAUCGUUGCUCCUGUUUGCCUUGAGUUGCAUUGCUGCAAUAACAAAACUGGGCCCUACAAAAGUAGCUUGCACACAGUUUUACUCUGUUCUUCCUGAGUUAACCGGUAGAUUGAUGAGCAUGCUGGUUGAACUUGUUCCUAUACGCUCAGCUUAUAGUUCCAUUAAAGAAAUCGGUUUGCGCAGAGAAUUUUUGGUCCACUUUGGACCUCGCGCUGCAGCAUGCAGAGUGAAAGAUGAUCAAGGCACUGAAGAAGUUUUAUUUUGGAUUAGUCUUGUUCAAGAACAGUUACAACGGGCUAUUGAUAGAGAGAGAAUAUGGUCAAGAUUGACAACCAGUGAAAGUAUUGAGGUUUUAGAUAAAGAUUUGACUAUUUUUGGAUUCUUCAUUGCUUUGGGAAGAAGGACUCAGUCAUAUCUAUCUGCAAAUAACUUUGAGUCGGUACCUGAACCCAUUGAAGGAUUGAUUAGGUAUCUUAUUGGUGGCAGUGUGUUAUACUAUCCUCAGCUUUCAUCAAUAAGCUCUUAUCAACUGUAUGUGGAGGUUGUAUGCGAAGAGUUGGACUGGCUUCCGUUCUACCCAGGAAACGUUGAUACGCAAAAACGCUCGCAUGACCAUAAAAGUAAAAAAGGUCCUCCAAACGAGGAAGCUGUCCCUGUUGUUUUAGACGUCUGUUUACACUGGAUUCAGAGCUUUAUUAAAUAUAGUAAAUGGCUUGAGAACCCUUCUAAUGUAAAGGCUGCAAGAUUCCUUUCUAGAGGGCAUAAGAUCUUACAGGAGUCUAUGGAAGAAUUAGGCAUACCCAAGAAGCUGAUGAUUGAAAGCAGUACUACAAAUGAUUUUGAGCUUACUCGUACAGGUGGUUAUGAUCCGUUAAAGAGAGAACUAGAUUCUUUUGACAAGGCACUGGAGAGUGUUGAUGAAGCCGUUGUAAGGCUUGAGGAAUUACUUCAAGAGUUACACGUAUCCAGCUCCAGUUCUGGAAAAGAGCAUUUAAAAGCUGCUUGUUCUGACCUUGAGAAAAUAAGAAAGCUUAAAAAAGAGGCUGAAUUUCUCGAGGCAUCUUUUAGAGCCAAGGCCGAUUGCCUUCAGCAGGGAGACGAUGAUGGUCUUUCAGAGUCUUCUGUUAGGAACAAGAGACAAUCUGUUGGCAAGAAAAGUGAUAGUUCUAAUAUAGACAUGGAUAUAUCCAGCAGUAAACCUAAUGGCUUAUGGAGCUUUUUGGUCCGUCGUCCAAGCCCAACUCCUGACCUCCAAUCAGAAAUUGUCUACCAAAGUGAGGAUGAUACGGGUGUAUUGGAAUCAGAUGAAAUCCAGCGAUUUGAAUUAUUAAGAAAUGAGCUGAUUGAACUUGAAAGGCGAGUUGAAAGAAGCGCCAAGCGCUCCGAGAGCGAAGAGGAGGAUAAUAUCAAAACGGCUGAAAAUUCUGCAAAUUAUUCUAAAGCUGCUGAAGGGGUUCAAUUGGUUAAGGUGCAGGAGAAAGAAGAUAUUAUUGGAAGGUCCAUAAGUAAAUUUAAAGGAACUACCACGGAUGUGUUGCAGGGUACUCAACUUCUAGCAAUAGAUGUUGCAGCAGCUACAGGGUUGCUUAGACGGGCCAUUAUAGGGGACGAAUUGACCGACAAAGAAAAGCAAGCUCUAAGAAGAACCUUAACUGAUCUGGCAUCAGUUAUUCCUAUCGGCUUUCUCAUGCUGCUCCCUGUCACUGCAGUCGGUCAUGCAGCAAUGUUGGCCGCUAUUCAAAGAUACGUCCCGUCACUGAUACCAUCCACAUAUGGACCCGAAAGACUGGACCUUUUAAGGCAGCUUGAAAAGGUCAAAGAAAUGGAGACCACCGAACCGAACCCCCCAGAGUCAGCUACUGAUUGAACACACCCUGAAGAAAUUUCUAUGAAUACAGCCUAAAGAAACAUUUUACCGAUCACACUACUGAUUAUAUUCAACUAUGGAAAAAUUCAUCAAGAACCUCAUUUUUCAUCUUGACCCGGAUUUCUGAAUCCGUUGGAUAUUAGUUUGGAUACAUGGUUCAGUUUUUGGGUUCUGUUUCUGGUGCUGCAACUAACUUACACCAACUACAACAGUGUUAUGUACAUGUUUUCAUAUACGAAAUGGUGACUUGUAAUGUAUGGUUAAUAGCUCAAGAAAAUAUUUAUUGGCGUAGUUUCAUGUGUUGUACUUUGUGCCGUGGAAGGCAGUCCGCUAUUCAACUGGCCAAUGAAGUA